AUGCGACAGUCGCUUAUUACGGCUCUAUGGGCAUGGUCCAACUGGGCCAGUGCCAGUGCCAGUGCCAGCGCCCAUUCAUUUCCUGUGCGCGACGUACCUGCAGUGGUUGGCAUGGAACUCUAUGGCCGUGAAAUAUCUAGGCCGCUAAUGAAAAGAGACACUGCCACUGUAGCGGCGGACAUGGCCACCUAUGUGGCAAAUUUCGUCAAUGUCUCGAUUGGCACACCACCGCAGCCCAUGGGCAUGUUGGUCGACUUCCUGCGUGACACGCUCAUGGUCCUUACCGAGGACACACGUAUAACAAAGCCUGGAUGUCAGGAUAAUCGCUAUUGUUCCUUACUUGGAUCAUACAAUAUCACCAAAUCGUCUAGUAAUGGCACCAAAGACGUUCCAAGUGACAUAAAGUUUGGAAGUCCCUACAUGACACCCACUGACGUUAUCACUGUUGGAGGGACACAAGUGAAGGAUGUCGAAGUAGAACUUUUGGACGUCGGAUACACAAACUGGAACUCGAUGGGUCUAUCUCCGGAAAGCAAUUCAUUUCCCUAUCAGCUAGUCGAUCGGGACUUGAUCCGAUCCCCCUCGUUCAGUCUAUGGGGCAAUACAUCUGAAAGCGGAGGGGCAGGGAUACUGUUUGGCGGAAUCAACAAAGCCAAGUAUCACGGCCCAUUACAGGCCUUUGCCUUUAACAGGACAUACGGAACCUUGUCCCUCCCUCUCUCGAGAUUCCAAGCGCACACAGAGUCAAAGGUCCCAACAAAUUAUACCCUGUCCAGCUCCAAGCCAUACACGCUGACCGCCCAGUACAUCACCACGACCCUUCCCAAGGAAGCGGUUCUACGGAUGUAUAAGGACUACAACAUCUCCUUUGUCGGUUGGGAUGGCGAAGAUCCCCAAUUUGGUAUACUCCCAUGCUCCCGACAAUACACCGAAAACCACACUAUUUCCCUGAUUUUCGGCGACGCUACCAUCUCUACAAAAUGGAGCGACCUAUUCAUUCCAUGGGGCGCCCCCGACUCGGAACAGUGUGAGUUCCUCAUACAACCGGAAGAAGAAAACGUGAACGCAACCUACUCCGGUACAAUCGGUACCAGUUUCUCAGACCAUAUGUAUAUGGCCAUCAACUACAACAAUGAUUUUAUUGGAGUUGCUGCCUUGAAUGGGAAUCCUGGCUCGGACGAUAUUGUGGAGAUUGGAGAUGGUCCUGAGAUCCCGGAUGCAGUGGGUGAUUUCCCGACGUCUAUCGUACCGUACACGAAACCGACGCCAACACCAUCGACGUCGACGUCGACGGGACUGGCGAGUAUGCCGACUUUUAUGUCGGGUGGUAUGUUUGUCGGUGUUGCAGGAGCUGCGUUGGUAGCAGCGUUUUAA